CUGUAACUGCUGUCUCUGCCUCUCCCUGGGCUUCUAGGACAGCGGCUGAGGAGACCUUCCCGAGGGGCAGCACGCAGUAGCUGCUGAGCCAUCGCACCCGGGAGAAGCAGCAGUAACAUGGCAGCCCCUGCUUGAGAGGAAUUAAACACCAACAGACUCCAUUCAGAGAGGAACAAUGUCCAAGAAAGGGCGAAAUAAGGGCGAGAAGCCCGAGGCGCUCAUUGUCGCCCUUCAAGCUGCCAACGAAGACCUCAGGACCAAGCUCACAGACAUCCAGAUAGAGCUGCAUCAAGAGAAGUCCAAGGUAUCUAAACUCGAAAGAGAGAAAACUCAAGAAGCCAAGAGGAUCCGUGAGCUGGAGCAGCGCAAGCACACGGUCCUGGUGACCGAACUCAAAACCAAGCUCCACGAGGAGAAGAUGAAGGAGCUGCAGGCCGUGCGGGAGAAUCUCAUCAAGCAGCACGAGCAGGAAAUGGCCCGGACGGUGAAGGUGCGGGACGGGGAGAUCCAGAGGCUCAAGUCGGCGCUGUGUGCGCUCCGGGACGGCAGCAGCGACAAAGUAAGGACAGCGCUCACCAUUGAGGCCCGCGAGGAGGCCCGGAAACUGUUUGAUGCAGAGCGCCUUAAGCUCUUACAGGAAAUUGCGGACCUGAAAACGGCCAAGAAGCAGGUGGAUGAGGCGCUGAGCAAUAUGAUCCAAGCGGAUAAAAUCAAGGCUGGGGACCUCAGGAGUGAGCAUCAGUCCCACCAAGAAGCCAUCUCCAAGAUCAAGUGGGAGUCGGAGCGGGAUAUUCGGAGGCUGAUGGAUGAAAUCAAAGCCAAGGACAGGAUCAUCUUUUCCCUGGAAAAGGAACUGGAGACCCAAACAGGCUAUGUACAGAAACUCCAACUGCAGAAGGAGGCUUUGGAUGAACAGCUCUUUCUGGUCAAGGAGGCUGAAUGUAACAUGAGCAGUCCAAAACGAGAAAUUCCGGGAAGGGCAGGAGAUGGCUCUGAACACUGCAGCAGUCCUGAUUUGCGAAGAAAUCAAAAGAGAAUAGCUGAGUUGAACGCCACUAUAAGAAAAUUAGAAGACAGGAAUACCUUGCUUGGAGAUGAACGAAAUGAAUUGUUAAAACGCGUGCGGGAAACCGAAAAACAAUGUAAACCUCUUCUGGAAAGGAACAAGUGCCUCGCCAAGAGAAACGAUGAACUGGUGGUGUCUUUGCAGCGCAUGGAAGAGAAACUAAAAGCCGUUACCAAGGAAAAUUCAGAAAUGAGAGAAAAAAUUACAUCUCAUCCACCCUUGAAGAAAUUAAAAUCUCUGAAUGACCUCGAUCAAGCUAAUGAAGAACAAGAGACAGAGUUUCUAAAACUUCAGGUCAUUGAACAGCAGAACAUUAUUGAUGAGCUCACAAGGGACCGGGAAAAGCUCAUUCGUAGGAGAAAGCAUAGAAGAAGUUCCAAGCCAAUUAAGAGGCCUGUUUUGGACCCAUUUAUCGGCUACGAUGAGGACUCCAUGGAUUCAGAAACAUCAUCCAUGGCCUCAUUUAGAACAGACCGAACGCCAGCUACUCCUGAUGAUGACUUGGAUGAAAGUCUAGCAGCUGAAGAAUCUGAGCUACGAUUCCGACAAUUAACAAAAGAGUACCAGGCUCUCCAAAGAGCCUAUGCCCUCUUGCAGGAGCAGACUGGAGGCAUCAUUGAUGCUGAAAGAGAAGCCAAGGCUCAAGAGCAACUCCAGGCAGAGGUGCUAAGGUAUAAAGCCAAAAUUGAAGAUCUGGAAGCGACUCUGGCUCAGAAAGGGCAGGAUUCACACUGGGUAGAAGAUAAACAACUUUUCAUUAAGAGAAACCAGGAGCUUUUAGAAAAGAUAGAAAAACAAGAGGCAGAAAAUCACCGGCUCCAACAGGAACUGCAGGAUGCCAGAGACCAGAAUGAGCUGCUGGAGUUUCGAAAUCUAGAGCUAGAAGAAAGAGAGAGACGAUCCCCUCCAUUUAAUCUGCAAAUUCACCCAUUCUCAGAUGGUGUGAGUGCUCUACAGAUCUACUGUAUGAAAGAAGGUGUCAAGGAUGUGAACAUCCCUGAUCUCAUAAAGCAGCUUGAUAUCUUGGGUGAUAACGGGAAUUUAAGAAAUGAAGAGCAAGUGGCUAUAAUUCAGGCCAGCACUGUGCUGUCCCUGGCAGAAAAGUGGAUCCAGCAAAUUGAAGGAGCAGAGGCUGCCCUGCACCAGAAAAUGAUGGAAUUGGAAAGUGACAUGGAACAAUUCUGCAAAAUCAAAGGCUAUCUGGAAGAAGAACUAGACUACAGGAAACAAGCUCUCGACCAAGCAUAUAUGAGAAUCCAGGAACUAGAAGCGACUUUGUACAAUGCUCUGCAGCAAGAAACUGUUAUCAAGUUUGGUGAAUUAUUAACUGAAAAACAGCAAGAGGAGCUGAGGACAGCAGUGGAAAAGUUACGGCGGCAGAUGCUGAGGAAGAGCAGAGAGUACGACUGUCAGAUUCUACAGGAGAGAAUGGAGCUCUUACAGCAAGCCCAUCAGAGAAUUCGUGACUUAGAAGAUAAAACAGACAUCCAGAAAAGACAGAUAAAGGACUUAGAAGAAAAGUUUCUGUUUCUAUUCUUGUUCUUCUCUCUUGCCUUUAUUCUAUGGCCUUGAUGUCAAGGUGCCUCUUACAGAGUAACCGAAAACACGGAUAAGACCGCAGAAAAGCAGAUACUUCUAAACCUUCAAAGAUGGCAGAAAUGUUUACAGCAGUGAAAGGGAGAUCAAAAGCUUAGAACUAUAAUGUAGCCAGGACUACAACUGUGUAUUUUAAAGCCAUUAUUCAAGGUUUCUUACUUGACAGUUCCUACAUGACCCUGUUGAAAAUCUACAAUAUAUGCUGCAUUUAAUGAAACAUGUAUAGGUCAAACCAGAAGGAAAGAACUAUAAACAUAGAUUGUGAGAAGAAAACAAUUCAGCAAUGGAAACAGUUUCAGCAGAUCAAGCAAAGAUGUGUCUUGGGCAUGGAACCAAAGUUACAAAGAAACAUUCUACCCCUGCUGUGCAGGGGAUGUCAUUUUAAUGUAACACUACACCCCAUGGAAUCACUAGUCCUGAAAUAAACAUCAUUUUAAAAAAUCAAACAAAAAAAUAAGGGUGGGUGGGGAUUGAAGCACGAGGAAUACCCAUGAGGAGCUAUUUACAAUAAAAUAUUUCAUUUGAAAAGUCUGGUUUCUUACUACAGGGAUUUGCUUUUCUGUCUUUAUUAUUGUUUAAAACUCAGGAACUGAGACAUCUGCAAUUUGAGUGAGAAGAAAAGCAGUGUCUGGUUUGUUUUUCUGCAAACGGUGGAGCUUGUGGAAUGCAUUCCACACAUGACAGAUGAGAAGUGGAUCACAGUGACCCCGACUAAACUGGCAACCAAAGUGAAAGACCCAGGCGAAUGCAACAUACGAAAUAACAGCAGAUGUUGAUGCUUCCUUGGCCUUCUGUCACAUCUGUGGUCCUCCACGAGCAACAAACUGAUCUCAUUCAUAUUGAAAAUUAAGAAGAUGAUGCUCUAAAUCACAAGCUCCCUGACUUAGUUCUGUUUAGAAUGUCAACGACUAUAGGGCCAGAGCCACCUCUGAAUACUUCCAUUUCCAAAAUACUGGUCUUCAAAUGGCUGCUUAAAAUUGCCUGCAAAUACCAUGUUAUGUGAUUUGAUACAAAUAGAGGCGAUAAGUAAACUUCUACCAACAGUUGAAUUUACCACAGAGAUGUGACUAUUAAAUGAAAUUAUGAUUAUUUUUAGAAGUAUCCUGAUAUGCUUAGAGCAUUCUGACCUCUUGUCAUUUAGACUGAUAAUGUUUUUCUUUUUCCCCAGAGAUCUGACAGCAACAAGGUAGCUCUACUUUUUUAUAUAAAAGUAACGUUGUGUUACUGAUAAGGUCAUUUUCUACCAGAGACAAUUAGAAGACUGGUACUUUCCUAGGUUAUGUAAUACUGAGUCUUGGAUUCAGCUCUGAGAGCAAAUAAAUGUUCCUGAAAAACUAAUUUUAGCCUCAUUUACUGUAGAUAACAAAACAGCCUCAAUUUUUCAAAUUGUCAGCGUUUUAUUUACAGGGCUAGCAUUCCCAUGCAUUAAGAAUGUGUGUAGGGAACCAGAAACUCUUUCUGUGAAAUGCUACACAAAUUCUUCCAUACAUGGGUUCAGUAUCUUAUUCUUCAGUUUUAGCACUGGCAUUUUCAAAGCCAGAACAAUAACUGAAGAAUGUACAAGAAAAGCUACAAUGCGGGAAUCCCACUUUUUGUUCUUAUAUUUACUGCUGACCCAGGUAUCUUUGGCCCAGUCACUGAACCUCUCUGUGCCUCAGCUUCCUCGUCUGCAAAAUGAGGUUAAAAUGCUUUUUCAUAAAGGUUUUUUGUUUGUUUGUUUUUUCUUUUUUGUUUUUUGAGGUUUUUUUGCAAUUCUGGAACAAGAGGUGCUUAAAGUAGCACAAAGUGCUUUGUAAUUAUAAUGACUGCUAUAUUUGACUUUCUUGUGUUGUUGAGAAAGAGUCCCCUGUGUAAUAAAAUAGUGCUUCAGUUUGGUUCAAUCUAAGCACGGUAGCACUGAAGCUUUCCCAUCAAUUACUAGCAAUAAAGAUGGAGCGAUCCAGAACCAGGAUCCCUAAUCACCUAUAGUAAAUAGAUCAUUCUCAUGCUAUUGAACAAGUUAGAAGAAUGUGUAAUUUCAGUGAUAAGCAUUUUCUAGCUCUCCUUACUGUAUAUGCAUGCCAUAAUACAAAACUCCACUUUUAUCAUAGGAGAGCCAGCCAUGAAAUUAAGGUUUGAAGUGAACUGAGAAUAUCACAUAAUUAGUCUAAUUAUCCCUUUCAUUUGGAGGGGGAGGUCUUGUGAGAUGUCCUACUGGGAAUAUACAAUAUAACUAUCCUUCUGCUGGAUUCUUUGUUCAACUGGGUAGCUUCAAUAUUAAGUAUGAAUAGUACAUGCAUUGUGCAGGCAAUAUGAAAAAGGGUGCUACUACAGUUUGUGACCCAACACUUUCAAAUCUCAGUCAGAACAUAUGGAAGAGGAUAAAUUACUCUCCCAUAUCUUAGACAACUUUUCCAUUGGCCACUCCAGCGUGCAUCUGAGCAAAUUCAUACCCCAUCUGCUCCACCAAACCUACUUUCUUCCUCUUCAUCUUGCUUUCCCCACCAAGAAACUUGUAGGCUAAAUUUUAUAUCCAAGCACUGACUGGGGUUUGAACAAUCAGAAGUAUUUAUUAAAAUAAUGUAGUUUAAUCAUGUACCUUAUCUGCUAUAAAUCUGAUUGUAUCACAUACACACAAAAUCAUACAAGAGCGAUGCCCAUGAGAAUGGCCACCUAAGCAGCUUUAGAUGUGUUUACGGAAAAUGCAAAAAAAAAAAAAAAACAAGGAGGGGGAUUUAGCUUAAGAUCCAAGAGAAUAGCAAAUUUCUCUAAGAUUUUAAGGUAAAAGGUGAUAUUUUUACCGUACCUUACUCAUGAUCCUCAAAAUUAACAUAUCUUGGGGUAGGGCUAACUAUUUUGAUAGGCACAUUCUCUGUUAUCCAUUUCCACAAUUAUAAAAAGCAUCAGCAAAAUUGUACAUGUGUGUUCCAGUCACUCAUGGGUCCACAGAAAUGGAUCAUAUCUAAAUGAAUGCUUCCCUUGCAUACUAUGUUCAGCAAGCUUAAAAAGAGUGUCUCAAUAAUGGAGAGGUUUAUUGUGACUCCACUUCUUACAGAGAUCAAAUGAUCCCCACUUGGGUCUUUAAUAUCUGCUUUAAUUUCUACAUCUUAACUAUCCUGACAUAUUUGGCCAGUGGGUUAGCAGCAAUCAGAACAGCAUUCUUCAGAGUUCAUUUUACUUAAUUUUUCUUAACAAAGUCUUCAUCUCUUGGAAAAUAAACUUAACUGAAGAUAUUAAAAAAAUAGUUUGAGAUAAAACGAAAGUCCCAAUUUAGCACGGCUAUUGAGGACAGGAAAAGUUUCAUGAGAAAGGAAAAAGAAAUAGAAGACUGUAUUUGACUAUAAAACUAGAAAGCAUCUAUUACUAAAUUGUCUAACUUUUUUUUAAUGGCCACCCAAGUUUUGUUUUAGGUAACACUAGAAUUUGCUAAAAAUAACUAUCAAAUCCCUUUUAACUUACAUCAUAUAAAUGAAAUUUUUGCCAAUAGCAAGGUUUUUAGGGGUGGAAGAAUAAAUUUUGCUUUGAUUUUUUUUUUUCCAUUUGUUAAAAAAACUGCUCACGUAGGUGGCAUAGUUCUUCUAAAGGACAGAGAUGAUGUAGAAGGCUCAUGGGUCAUCACUGGAGUAGAAUGAGGACAUACGUUUUCCACUAGUAAUAGAAGAAAUAAAGUUUUGCCAAACAAAUUUUUGCUACAGUAUUUGAACUUACUGUUGUGGUUUUCCAUAUAAAAUAAAUCUCUGGCAAAUUUGUUCCUUUUUGCCUAUUUAUUGUCAACUUUUUCUGUAAACCCAUUGUAUAAUUCAUGUGUUCAAUGUCUUUGAUGUAAUUCAUAAGUUCAUUGUUUUAAAAUGAAGCAUGUCUUUUUAACCUGCCUAGGUUUUCAUGGAAACUGUAAAAAUAGUAUUCAUCUGUUUUGUGUUGAUGCUAAGUAACUGGAUCAUAUGUGUUAUAUUACAUCAAAAUAGAUGGGCAGCAUAGACAUUUUAUUUUUAAAAUAUUUAAUUGCAUUUUUGAUCUGUCAAAGAAUGGUACAGUAUAUAUAUGUAUACAUAUACAUAUAUACAUGAAUGUGUAUGUAUAUAUUUAUCUGCUAUAUUGAAAAAGUUCGAUAUAACUUGAGAGAUAGUCAUCAAAGCAAAUCUUAGAUGACUGUUUAUGUCAUGAGUUAAUGCUUCCAGGGUGGACCCAAGCCUCUCCUUAAGUGGACUUCUACUUUCUAAAGGGAAAAGAGUAGGUCAAAAGGUCCUGAGGGCCAAAAGCUUACAUUCUGUUCAACUGCCUUGUCAUUUCUAUAUAAUAUAUUGUCCUGAGACUGAACCUCAGGCAUUGUGGCAGGAGGAUUCAGACAUAACAGAAGUUGGAGUUGAUCCUCUGUGAUCCCAUUUCAGUAUCAGGCAGAGCAGAUUCACAUUCCUUUGCUGCCUUUAGUUUGGCAGUUUAGUUCUUUCUAAAUAAAUCUUCUAUCGUUAAGAGUACAAGACCAAUGUUUAAUCAUAAUCACUAAAGAUAUACUUCAAGGGGCAAUGUGGCAAAAAUAAAAGGACUAUAAUUUGCUAUAUUCAACCUAGUAUAUGAAACUCAGAGGUACAGGUGGUUGAUUGGGUGAAGUUCCCUGUUUUUAUCUUUGUGUUUGUGCAUUGAGGUCUUUGAACCCAUGCUUAUAUUUCCAUCCUUGUGAUAUCAAAGUUCUGUAGGGUGGGAGUGCUGUAGAUAAGCAACUUGGAGUCCAACUUUGCCUACAGUCAAGCCUCUACAAACUUACUAUAGUGUGGAUGAUGCAGUUUCCCAAAAGCAGCUCCCCAGCAUCCCUUGAUAACAGCAGUCACUUAUAUUUGAUGCAUAAGUCACAAAAUGUGCCUAUUUCCCCCCAUUAACCAUAAUAACUUCCCACAAUGAGGCAGAUCAAAAUCCAAACACUUUUCUAAAUAUGUGAUGUAGAUAUAUACACAUAUACAUUCUGUAUAUAGUAUGAUGGUUGUGAGCGCUUACUAAAUGUGUACUUCUGCCCUAGGACGGAGGAACUGGGAAGGGGUUUUCUGAUGCUGCUGGGUAACUCAUGUUUUUGUUUAGCAUCUGGUAUCUGUGCUCUGCCCCUGCUUGCCUGUCUCUUCUCUCUUUCCUCUACCUUCUGUCCAUUACUACUAUUCCCUGGUUUUGACUGAGGCAAAGAACUACUCAUUGGUUUUCCAAUUACCCAAGCCUUCUGGUGACGCCAGUGGUUUUUCUGGAAAGAGCAACAGAGUCCAGCACAAUCUACAGUAUUAAUAUUAGCCCAAAGUCACAUAUUUUUAUCAUCUAAAAAUCUCAUUCCGUAAAGGGUUUAUGCCUGCUUGAACCUCCACGAUACAGUUCUGCGGGGACUCAAGUACAAAGCCCGUGCAUGGGAAUACGUAAUUCCCCAGAUGUCUACUGUUUUAAUGCAGCCAGGGGGUCAAUUUCUCAGAGUUCUCAUUCAAUCAACUGCUUCAGUUGGGGUUCUUUCUCUUCAUCUCAUUAGCAUGACUCCAUAUAUUGCUUCAGUGCUUGUUUAUCAAUGGAAGAAAAAUAUAAAUUCACUGAGUUUCACCAGAAUGAUCCUCUGAAGUACACCAAACAUGUACAUGUACUGUAUGUUAUUACCGUAGAGAUUGGAAUCAACUUACUGUAUGUAAAGUUUUAUGAAUGGUUAUUUUAUAAUUUAUGUAUUUAAUACAGGAAUCAAUGAGCUCUGGUGUUUUAGUUUAUAUAAAAAUAAAACAAACUGCAUUUUUAAAAACUUUA